CGCGCAUGCGCGAGAAUUUCACUCAAAGAAGGUUACCAUCCAGAAUCAGGCAAUCAGUCAGUCAGUAUUCAAAGUCGACUCGUUCGAAAAUGGCGACACGAAAGCGAAGUAUAGUCUGGUCAUUCUUCCAAGCGGAGGAUGACAGGAGAGUAUUGUGUCUUCUCUGUAUGAAGACGGUUUUGUAUUUUGGUCACACGACAAACAUGCUUCGCCAUUUACGAACGAAACACCCCUCAGAUUUUUCCUCGCUGGACAAAAGGAAGCCCGCGACAGAUGCGGUAUCUAAACGCAACGACAGCGGUUGUGUGGAAGUUACGGUGUUGAUGGACGAGCAGCAGGUGGAGGUGGAGUCUGUGGGUGAAGAUGGAGAAAUGGACGGGGCCAUCAAAGGGAUCCUCCGUGCUGCAGCAGGGGAAGGUACGACUGAGGCGGAGGUGGUUGAUGAGGAGGUCGAGGGGCCUGUUGAUGAAGGAGAUGGGAAAGACAUACAGGAGGAUGAAGCUCCGGGUAACACUCGUAAGUGGAGCUCUGUGUGGGUGCACUAUCGAAAGCUUGGCCAGGAGCCACGAGCACUGUGCUUGCUCUGCAUGGAGAAGAUCCAGCACCGGAGCAGCACGAGUAACCUUAUCAGACAUCUGCAGCACAAGCAUCCCAAUGAGUUCGCUCAGCUGGAGGAUCACCCGCAGAAGCGGCCAAACAAGCGUAAAUCUGACGAUCCGACCCGCCUCACUUCCUCUCCCACAUUAUCCAGUACCCCGACCAGAUCGCUCAUUGUGUCGCCAAAGCGUGACAUGCGAACACCCUGCAGUACCAGCCUAGACCGAUACUCAGGUGCUAAGUGGUCUGAGGGUGUGCGUAUAUUGGAAAGAGAGCGUGAGCUGACGGAGGCGUUGAGGCGCGUGCAGCAGGAAGAGGGCCGCAGCAUUCAGCUGCAGAAGGAAUUACUGCAGCAGUUCCGUGAAAUGGAUGCUGAGCGUCGAGUGCUUCAAAACCAGAAAUGUGAACAAGAGCAGGAGCACGCCAGAUUGCGGAAGGAAAGAGAAGAUCUCCAGCAAGAGAAGAGCGAAGUGCAGAGAGAGCGAGAGGAGAUCCAGAAGGAGCGAGAGGAGUUUCAGAAGGAGAAAGAGGAGCUGGAGAAGCAGAAACAGGAACUAGACACCUGGAAAAAUUCUCAUGCACAGGGACAGACCUCUGGAUUUUACAGUUGUUGAUAGACUUCAGUAUGCCUGAUUCACAAGGAAACAAGGAUUUCCUUUUUAUGGAAAUAGUUAUUUCUUUACCCUUUUUAUUUUUACAAGAUUGAUUUGGAAUUGCGCGGGGGGAUGGGGUUGUGGGAGUGGGGGAAAUGCCGGGGAUGUGGUAUUUUGUUUAGCUAAAUUAAAGUUUAACUUAACCUACCAGGAAUUCAAACAUGUACAUGCAUGCAAAUAAUAGAUUACCUGCCAUUUAAAAUAGAGACUCGUAAUGAGAAGCCUUUCAUGUCAGAUAACUAGAAGUUCAGUUUCAUCCAAUCUACUCUCAUGAUGUAAAUGUAUCAAUGUAAGUGUUAACACAGGACUAAAAAAAAGAUUCAUGUUUGUUCCAGAGUUGUUACAAAAUUGACCAGUGUGUGAGUGUAUUCUGUGUUUUUGUACAUUUCUGCACUGGGAAUAAAAAGAAAACUUUCA